AUGAGCGACGAGCAGUCGUUCACAGUCGAGAUCCCGAUCCGACCUCGGGAGCCACGUCACCGCGAUUCGACCUUUGCCUCGCAUGCCAAAAUCGAGGAAGUGGUUCACUCACCACCAUUUGAACACCACUUCCGCCUGUCGCAACCUCUUCACCAACAGCAAAAAUGUCCAGAGGGUCUGAAGAUCAUCUCAGGUGUCUAUGGGAAGACGUUUCGUGACAGGUCGCCGACCUCAUCGACUAUGAGCUCGACUCAUGUCCCAGACUCAGCGACGACAUGUUCAAUGCCCAUGUCCCCCACCUCAUCCACCUUCACGAGGGCUACGACUCCGGACAUUGAUGGCCCUGAGCGCUUACCAACACCAUUCCUCGCGUCGCGGUCCGGCACGAAUGGCCAUCGUUACAGAGAAUCAUGCGACUCGGGAUCGACUUUCGUGGACUCUAUCAUGGGCGAGAGGUUUCCGGCGUAUCCGGAUUCCAUCGGCGCGGGGCACAAGGAGGAUCCACUACCGCGGAUGGACAUCAUUGAGCCGGAAGAUGACGGGCAAAAUGACAUGCCUCACACGGCGGGCACCCCCAGGCCACCAUCGCCAGACGAAAUGCCCGAGUCACCCCGCGAAGAGCGGGUGUCGCCCCGGCCCCUCAAUGAAAGAAUGAGCUUCGACUCCGGCUCCGAUCGUCUAUCACGUGCAUGGGAGCCGACCACACCAACACCCAUUGACUUCUCUAAUGAAGAAGCUGAUGCAGUACUCGACUAUGUCUUGCAAGUGACUUACGGUGUGGAGUUGGAAGAGAUCACCAUGCCGCCGGCCUUCCUCCGCCAUUUCGUGUUCAGAUUCAUCCAGGAUAUUGGAAGAUUUGCAUUCAACGGAUUCCCCGCCGGAACACAACUGACUCACACUCAAUCAACAUCAUCUAAUGGCUCUCUGCCCCUAGCUCGGAGACCAGGGUCAGGUCGAGGCUCCCAAAACGGGAAGCGCAAGAAGGGCGACACUGGCCGUGCAGAGGGUGAUGAUGAUGGCGAUGACUUGACGGAUGACGAUGGAGACUCAAGCGUGCCGUUUAAGAGAGCGAGGCAAACGCCACGGGAGGCAGAGGGAGACCUUCGACUGAGUUGUCCCUUUCGCAAGAGGAAUCCGCACAGGUUCAACGUCAGGGAACAUCACUCGUGUGCAAUGACUUACUUCCCCAAAUUUGCCGAGCUGAGGCAACACAUCGUCAAACAACACAAGCGCAACGAUCCGUCGUCCUUCAUGUGCGACCGCUGCAACCGAGACUUCCCCAGCAAGAAGGAUCUCAGGGACCACCAACGUCUACCAAAGGAGCAAAUGUGUGACGUUGCCGACCAUGACCCAGAGUCCGGCAUCGACGGCCCUACAAUGACGAAGCUUCUCAGUAGGAAGCGAGCCAGUGGCAUGAGCACCGAGGUGCAAUGGAAAGAGAUUUGGAAUCUGUUGUUCCCCGACGACGAUGACUACAGGGUUCAGCCUUUCGACUUCUGCCCCGUCAUCGAGCAUUUCGAGCUGCAAAACCAGUUCAUGAACAGCCUGAAAGAUGUUGAGGACAGCCUACGAAACAAGGGCAUGACCCCACAAGCGUUGGAGACCAUCGGGAACAUCUACCGCAACCAGUUCAUCCAGGUCAUUGAGCAAUGCAUCGCCAACGCACAGAACAUGCCCUAUUCGAACCGAAGCAACCGAAAGAACGAGCCAUCACCGUCCCGUCUCCUGGCUCCACGUCACUUGACCCGCACUGUCCCUCGCCCAGACUCAGGUGUAGAUGUUGACGAGGGUUCGGAAGAUAGUCAGUCUGUCGCCAUCUUCCCUGGAGGUGUAUUCGAUGGGCAGGGUAUGCUCGCCCACUCCGACAGCGUCCGGACUGUCAGAAGGGCGUCAUCGACUCCGGAGGAGUUUAGAGGCUCUGUUCCUCCAAGGACGCUGCAGCCCUUGAUGGAACAGCUGCCCGCACCCGACUUCGGUCAUGGAGGCUCUCCCCCAGUGCAGAAGCAGUCACCUUCGCAGCAGCAAUUGCUUCAGCAACCGCCAAUGUUUGACCAGCAGGCUGAACUCAUACCAAUGGCAAAUGGAAUGACGCCGGAGAUGGCUGCUCAACUUUGGGGCUACCAUGAUGGUAACAUGGUACCGGCGUCAGGGCCAUCACCCAGCCAUAUGGGCAUGUACGCGCCAGUGAUUGACGCCGAUGGGCAGCCCCAGUUUCUCGACUGGAACUCGGGAUUGCAGGAUCACACUGGGAUGUACGACUUCUCGGGGUACGUGCCUCGAUAG